AUGCUUUUGUGUUGGAGCUACGAAACGAGUGAGCAAAGCCAAGGACGGCUAAGACCAAAAGGAACCCUGGUUCUCGUUGUACAACCAGCCAAACGCUGACCCCGCUGGAAGCUCCGAGUCAGGGACGCAUGAUGCUCUCUCCUAAAGACCUUCAACUCGCGAGGAAGGAAGGCGCACACCAUUAUGGUCACAUCACUUUAGAUUCAUCUAUGAUCUCAGAAUCCUCAAACCCUUUCCCCAUGAAGUGAAUCCGAGGGAAACAGCCCUUUCCCUUGACUAGAAGUUGAACACUGCUCCUAAAUUUUGGGGAGGCUGGAAGUAUGCCUAUCAUGCGCAAGUACAUAAAAAUAUACCAGAGACCGAAAAAAAGCCGCGCUCUGCUCGUCUAAUACUAAGGGUUUCCGAAUUACAUCCCUCACUGCCAUCCUUGGCUCCCUUUCAAGGCGAGAAUAGGCCAAUGGUGUUCUGAAGAAUGCAACUCCGCAGCCUCUACUCGUAUUCUUGUCCAGUCCCAGAGGAUUUCCCCAUGGAGCAGACGUGCAGAAAUACCAUGUGCGUCGCCUGUUGCUGUACGGUUCUGCACGCUUGCGCUUUUUGCAUCUGUGAGCGGUGCUCACGCUGCAAGAAACCUUUGUAAGAAACCUGUUAUCUAGACCACGAUCCAGAGGCAUCUUGGCGUUGGCAUGACAUAACCGACAAAGUUUGACUCGUUCACUAUAUUCUGUAAAAGUUGUUGACUCGUCACUUGGAAUUUUACUAUUUCUAUUACUGUUCAUCGCAUUCGGAUGAGCACGUGUACGAUCAUAGCAAUGACUAUGAAGCAGGACUAUCGUCAUGGUUUUAUUGCGAUGAGCAUAGAGGACAAU